AUGGCUGCAACUGGAUUAGGAGUGGAAUUCCGUGAUACUGAAGAAUAAUAUCGAAUUAAAUAUUAAUUAUCUUAGGAUCCAUUUGGAAAAACUUAUUAAGCUGAUAAAUUAGUUGAUCAUAAAAUAAUCAAUGGGGGGAGAAGAGUAGCACUUGAAAUAUCAAAAAUAUAUAGAGGCAUGAAUAAGAAAGAUAAUGAAGAAUUUGCUCGUGAAAUACUUAGGAUCAUGACAGUAAAUGCAUCACACUAGUUGAGACAUCCAAAUAUUGUGGAAAUUGAAGAUGUCCUUCUAAAUGACUAAGCUGAACUUUUUAUUGUUAGUGAGCUGGGAGAAUGUAAUUUAAAAGAUUUCAUAAACCGAAAAAUCAACGGAGGGAAUUAAUCUUUUAAUAAUUCUGAAAUUGCUUUUAUCAUGCUCCAAUUACUCGAAGGAUUAGAGUAUAUCCAUGACAGCAGUUUUAUUCACAGAGAUAUAUCACCAGAUAAUUUAUUUGUCUUUAAUGAUGGCAUAAUUAAAAUCGGUAGUUUUGAUAUUUCUGAUUUCGGAAAGUAAGAUUAUAUUAAUGCUGGUAAAGAUUGUUAUAAGGCUCCAGAAAUUAUACUAGGCUAACAAUAUGAUAAUAAGGUUGAUAUUUGGUCUCUUGGAAUUGUAUUCUACUAUCUAAUGACGGGAACAUAUUAAAUUAAAAAAGAGGCAGAAAUGAAAGAUGUAAACAGUGAUAGACAAUAGUAUAAUAAGUAUUAGUGCUAUGUUAUGAAUUACUACUUCAAUCAAGUAAAAUCAAGUGUUGGAAAUUCUAUGUAAUAACUCAAAAACAAUGCAGGAGUUUUGGCCAAAGAUUUGAAGGAUGAAAAUAAUAAAAAUGUUGCUUUUAAGAAACAAGAUCUCUCUAUUUUAAACUUUCGCAAAGGUGAAAAUCUUUCAUACGAAGUACUUAGAAUUCUAAGAGAAAUAGAAACUUUUCAACUUAAGCAUCCAAAUAUUGUUGAGAUUCUUGAUUCAUAUCUUACUAUUGAUUGCAAAUUAAUCAUUGUCAGUGAGCUAGCUAAGUAUGAUCUUACUGAAUUUAAAAAUUAGAGAGGAGAAAUGAAUUAUUCAGAUAUUUCAACCAUCAUGAUUCAGCUUUUAGAAGGUUUAGAAGAAGCACAUUGCAAAGGAUUCAUCCACAGAGAUAUUAAUCCCUAAAAGAUUCUAGUUUUUGAUAAUGAUAUAGUUAAGAUUUGCGAUUUUGAUAUAGAAUCAUUCGGCAUAUUAAGUGUAGCUCAGGCAGGAGCGGGUCAUUAUAUGGCUCCAGAGGUAUUGAAUCUUGAAUCUUAUGAUAAGUCAGUAGAUAUCUGGUCAUUAGGAGUUCUACUUUACUAUUUAUGUCAUGGAACUGAAAGACAAAAUAUGAAGCCAAUUAAUGCAUAGUUGAUAAAAAACAUCAAAAUUACUUUUUUACCAUAAUACUCAAAAUUUUAAGAAAUCUUUGAUGAAAUGACAACAUUUUAGCCUAAUUAGAGACCAAAAAUAACCUAUUUGAAAUAGAAAUUUAUGAAAUUUAUCGAUAAUUCAACUUACUACCAAAAUUACUAGAAUGAACUGAUAAUGUUUAAAUUGAAUUUAUUGAAGAAUUCGAUUAAUAAGGAUUUUGAGUAAUUAUAUAAUUUACUUUAACCUCACUUCAACAAUAACAAGCUUGCUUAUGAUAAUACAAUUAAAUUGGGACUGGAAGAUUUCAAAAUUACAAUUAAGAAUUUUUAAAAUUUAGUCAUUUAUUUUUAGCAAAGAUUCUGA